AUGGCACCGCUGGAGGACGCCCCCAAGGACGACGAGACGAUCCGAGCGGCGUUUGCUGCCUUUGACACCGACGGAAGCGGCUCGAUUGACACGACCGAGCUCGUCGAGCUCGUCGAAAGCCUCGGCGGGAUCCUGUCGCCAGAUGAAUUUCAAGCCGCUUUGAAGCUUCUGGACAAAGACGGCAACGGUGUCAUCUCCUACAAUGAGUUUGCAGCGUGGUGGCGGCAUGCUGGGGACGAUUUGGACGGCGACGGCGCGACGGGCGAGCUCGAGAAGGCGCUGAGUCGGCUCAAGGAGCUCGGGCAGCAGCGAUACCACGUCGAUAUCCACACCGCGUGUUGGAAAGGCGACGUCGCGGUCGUCGAGAGGCUUUUGGAGCACGACGUCGUCAACGACCGCGAUGCGACCGAGUUUGGCGACAUGAAUGCGCCGCUGCACUAUGCGGCGUACCAAGGCCACCUCCCGCUGUGUCGACUCUUGAUUGAGAAGAAGGCCAAGAUCAAUGCGACCAACGCGGUAGGGUGCACCGCACUCUUCUUCGCCUCGCAGCAAGAACACACGUCGGUCGUCCAGUACCUUCUCGAGCAAGGUGCGGACGCCAAGCUGCGCGAGUCCGAGCAUCUGCUGAGCGCCAUCGACGUGACGUCGUCCAUGGCGGUCCUCGAUACAUUUCGAGCCAUCCGCGGCGAGAGUAAGUCGAUUUCUCAAGCUUGCGAAGCGUUCUGA